CGCACAGGCAGCAACGCUUUAUCAAUAGUGCGCAAGGGUGCUUCCUUUCGGUAGAACUCCGUCUCUGACGUCACUGCGCCGGAAGCUUUGCGCCCGUGGCCCUCGGUGGCGUCGCUCCGCAUACAAAGACAGGCCACCGCCAUCUUUCGUACAGGCCGGGCGGAGAGCUCGGGUCCCGGGCAUGACCCCGCUGUCUCCUCGGGCCUCCGCCGGGCGGAAAUGAGGCCAAGAUGUCGGUGUCUGGGCUGAAGGCCGAGCUGCGACUCCUUGAGUCUAUCUUCGGUAAAGAGCACGAAAGGUUCCGGAUCGUCAGCUGGAGACUGGACGAGCUGCACUGUGUGUUCAUCCAGAGCACCGGGGGGGCCCUGACUAUUCACUGCAACAUUACGGAAUCCUAUCCUUCUUCUGCACCAAUAUGGUUUGUGGAAUCAGAUGACCCAAAUCUGACUUCUGUCUUGGAACGCCUGGAGGAUAUUAAGAAAAGCAACACUCUGCUCCUGCAGCAAUUGAAGCGCUUGAUUUGUGACCUGUGCAGAUUGUACAAUCUCCCCCAGCACCCCGACGUGGAAAUGCUGGAUCAGCCUCUGCCAACAGGACAGAAUGGCACAACAGAGGAAGUUACAUCUGAAGAGGAAGAGGAGGAAGACAUGGGUGAGGAUAUUGAAGAUUUGGAUCAUUACGACAUGAAGGAGGAGGAGCCAGUGGAUGGUAAGAAAUCUGAGGAUGAAGGCAUUGAAAAAGAAAAUCUUGCCAUCUUAGAGAAGAUUCGAAAGAAUCAAAGACAGGACCACCUUAACGGUGCAGUUUCUGGCUCUGUACAAGCUUCUGACCGUCUUAUGAAAGAGCUCAGGGAUAUAUACAGGUCACAGAGUUAUAAAACAGGAAUUUAUUCAGUAGAGCUUGUAAGUGACAGUCUGUACGAGUGGCACGUUAAGCUGCUUAAGGUUGAUCCAGAUAGUCCAUUACAUAGUGACCUUCUGGUCCUAAAAGAAAAGGAGGGCACAGAAUCCAUUUUACUGAAUUUUUCCUUUAAGGAUAAUUUUCCGUUUGAUCCUCCAUUUGUGCGAGUGGUAUCCCCUGUUCUUUCUGGGGGGUAUGUUCUGGGUGGAGGUGCUCUGUGCAUGGAGCUUCUUACUAAACAGGGCUGGAGCAGUGCCUACUCAAUAGAGUCUGUUAUCAUGCAAAUCAAUGCUACCCUAGUUAAAGGGAAAGCUCGUGUGCAAUUUGGAGCCAAUAAGAAUCAGUAUAAUCUCGCUCGAGCACAGCAAUCCUACAAAUCACUAGUACAGAUCCACGAGAAGAAUGGUUGGUACACUCCUCCAAAAGAAGAUGGGUAACUUGAACCGAACUUGGACCAAGAUUUAAACCAUUUUGUUUUUCUAUUUUCCAAAACAGAUCCAGUCUUGCCCUUUUUUGGUCCUCUGUACAGCAUAUGUUAGUUUAUUAGAUAAAGGAACUGUCAGACCUGACCUGUAUAUUAGACCACGUCUGCGCCUCUAGCAAUGAGAGGAGCAGCCGCCUUUACCGAAAAGGCCACUCCAAAUAUUUUAACAUCCUAUUUAAAUCAAAAGGUAUAGCUUAGUUACAGCAUUCCACUUUUAUUAGACUGUUGUAAAUUGCUUUCACUUUGUUCAUGUGUUUUUUGUUUUGUUUUUUGUUUUGUUUUUUUGUUAGCAGAAUGUUUUCUGCAAAAAUAAAUAGCUUUGUAUAGUUUCAUUUAAAA